AUGUCAUCGAUUGCGCGGCCACCAGACCCGUGCCUCGUGGCUAUCAUCCUCAUUGUGCGCUCUCGCACCGGCCCCCGUCUCGUCUUCCACUACCCCCGAACCCCCUCAGCGAGAAUCGCAUUAAAACCACCAACAGGGGCGGCCGACGCCAAUUUCGGCCUUGAUGACCAUCUCCCCGCUACGGCAUCGCCUGUUGCCGGUGAAUCACAGCGUCCUGGGUCACUAGGCUCUGGACGCGGCUCGUCGGUUCGAAAACGGGCUGCGGUCUCCGAUCCGGAUCCUGACGACGAUGCGGGGACGGCAUCUGAUCGGCCUGAUGAUGGUCCUGGGAGCUCUAGACCGCCUUGGGAGUCGCUUUUGGGUGUGCCUGGGAGUGUAUGGGAGAAAUUGCUUAGCCCAUCUCGGUCAUGGCACAAGCGGCGUUUCGAGGUUGGGAUCAAUGAUUUGGCGCUUAUUGGUUGGCCGGUCUUUGUGCGUGAGGAUGGCUCGUGGCGCAAGCAACGACGCAAGAAGCAGAAGAAGCCUUGUCCUGAAUGGGACGGUGGGGAGUUGGGUCACAAUGAGAGCUCUGAGGAAGGCAAGAAGGACGAGCAAUUUGUUACUUCGCCUGAUCUGGGUGCUAGUGUCGCUUCGAUUUCGGAGUCUUUGACAUCGCCGACAGACAGCAAGCGUGGGUCGACUAGCGGACGGCCUGGGAAACCAGAUGAGUCGCUUGAUCCGGAGGACAAAGACCAUAUGACAAUGUUCAAUGUGGUGUUUGUUGUGGAUCCUCCUUUGCUGGAGUACUCCAUGCGCGUGAAGGAAAUCUACGAGAAUAUCAUCAAGAAAUUCGCGAAGGCCCUUAAAUGGGAACAGGCUCGCACUGACUAUGUGUGGAAGGAGUCUCAACAUAUUCUCCAAGUGAGGAGAAGAGCACGAGAGACAAAAACAUCGACACAUAAUCUUUACUCGGAAUUGAUAUCUCAGUCUUCUCUAGCUCGAGCUAUUUACACUGUUUACAGCAGUAUAUCGGCAUCCAAAAUCGCAUCCGUAUCGCUCAGCCCGGAUGUUUCCAUCUCGCUCCAGAUUCCACCUUUGACCUCUACACCAUACCUUACUGGUCCUAUGGAUAAAGCAUACCCAGGUUUAUGGCUCACGACAGCAGACAGUGCAAGCACUGUCGACGAUCCAAGUGCAGAUGAAAUCAAUACGCCACAUCAGGUCCUGGCAAAGCACUUUGCUCUACUUCUGUUAGACAGCGAAGCCGCCAUUGUCAAGGACGUCGAGGCGUCUGGGGGUGCACUUGCCCCUGCACUUGCGCAUUAUAUCCGAUGCUCCAAGCCAACCAAGUCAUUUGCACAGAUAUCAUGUACUGGCGUCGUGCUCGCGCCAUCCCCCCCCAUCAACCAGCGAGAUACAUACAUCGUCUCUCCCAACUGUGACUUGAGCAAGCUUGAAAUAGCUACGAUCGCUUAUCAGACAGCAUUCCCAACAUACCCUAGUUUGCCGAAAAUGCUUUCCACUCUCAGUGGUACCCCUCGCCCUUAUAGCAACUUCAUCCCUAGUAAAGACCACAAGGAGAUAUACUUUACUAUUCUGGCGUGGUUGCUGCGCGGCGGAUGGGUCACGCAGCUUCGCACUUUCGCGCGUAUCAAAGUUUCGCCCGAUAUCAAAAUGGCCGUGGAGAUGGCGAUGCGCAAGGAGGAAGUCGAGCGAUAUCUGGCCAAGGGCAACUCAAACUCGAUCUCAGUCGAUGAGGACAGCGACUCCGAUGAUGAAAACGACGAUGCGAAUUCUUCAUCGUCCUCUUCCCUCGACAGCAACGGCAGCGGAGAUGAAACACCCACGCCUACUCGGCUCGACCCACACGCGCAACUGCGCUCUUCUCACAAACUCCUCGAUCAAUCCACAGCUCUCCGGCUUUCUUCCUUCAUACUUUCCCCACACCGCGCAUCCCCACUCGAGUCUCGCUGGCUUGACGAAAUCUUCUCUCGAUUCUCUGACAACCCAAUUGUCCAGGGAGACGAAAACGCCAGUCCGUACAUCACGCCCAACGAUAACCAAGCCUUACAUAAGAAGUACUGGCCUAUCUUUAUCAAGUACUUCAAUGGCCACGAUGCCCUCGAGAAGAUCUGCGUGCGCGAGAAUCUCAAGCGCAAGCUCGUCUGGCAGGUCCUUAUGCGCCUGGGCCUGGGCACCGGUCCGCUGGGCGCUAUGGAUCUCGAUCCGCGUGAACAGGUGUUGGUCAGUUUUCGACAUUGGUAG